CCUCUCAAAUUAUUAAAAGAGAUUCGAUUAUGUAUCUUACACGUACCACAUUUACUUACAAUCUCGUCUUGUUGUCAUGUAGUCUCUGAUCACGGGCGGCUCGGACACUUCCUCACACUAUCAUGGGCGAUCUCCCUGAUGCUCAACAACCCUACCGUGUUUAACAAGGCACAGAACGAGCUCAACAUUCAAGUCGGUCGCGAUCGACGAGUCAACGGAUCAGACCUAAAGAAUCUCGUGUACAUCCAAUCCAUCAUCAAAGAAACCCUGCGACUCUACCCAGUUGCUCCUCUCUCCGGGCUAAGGGAGGCACUGGAAGACUGCACCGUCGGCGGCUACUUCGUCCCCGCCAGCACUCGAGUGAUCAUCAAUGCAUGGAAAAUCCAGAGAGAUCCCGAAUUCUGGCCCGACCCGUUGGCUUUCGAACCGGAAAGAUUCCUCACGGCGACCCACGGCCAUGUGGACGUCAAAGGGCAGAAUUUUGAGCUGAUUCCGUUCGGUUCGGGGAGGAGAGUCUGCCCUGGUGUGACGCUGUCCAUGCAAACGCUGGUUCUUGUGCUGGCUAGACUGGUUCAGGAGUUUAAUUUGGCCAACCCGACGGGCGAACCGGUUGACAUGAGUGAGAAUGCUGGAGUCAACUUGAGGAGAGCAACUCCUUUGGAAGUUCUCCUUUCCCCACGGCUCUCCUGCCAAACUCAAAUAAACUGAUUCAUAUGAUGUUAUUUAACUGUGAUUAAUAGAUAAACAAUCUAUAUAGUAAAUAAGUUUCAAACAAAAAAAUUUUGAGUCGAACAAUAAACUUGUUAUGAGCAGGUUGGCUCAACUCAAUUACAGCCCUAGCUCUCUGUCUUCUCAAGCUUGGAAAUGAUGUUGAGGCAGUGGGUUACCAAAAUCGCCGGCAAGUUCCGGCCGGAGUUGUAGGCGUUCUCGUCGCACUAAUUACUAAUAGUAACCUAUGCGGAUGAAAUUGGGCUCCAUCGUGUACUGCUGAUUUCGACUAAAUUGAUCUUUAUAAUAAAGAAUGAAAAAGCUAAAGAAAUGAUCAGUGGGGUU